AUGGAAGACAAAAGAAUGAUGAUACAUGGUAAUAUAGCUACCUUCAAGUUUGGGUUAGAUGAGAAUUGGAAUGCAAAGAUUGAGGACUUUGAGUGGGCAGUAUUCCUGCCUCCGAAUAAAAAAGAUGAAGUUAUGUGUAAAAGAACAUAUUUUGAUUCAAUGUACCAUGUGGAUCCAGAAUAUGCAAAGACUAGUAAGCUAAAAAGAGAGUCAGAUGUGUAUAGCUUUGAAGUAGUUAUGUUUGAAAUUCUAUGUGGAAGGCGUGCUGACCAAAAUUACCUUACGGAGAGUGAGGAAGGGCCCGUUCAUGUGGCAAGACAAAGCUUUUCCAAUGGAACAAUAGAAGACAUAAUGGAUCCUAAACUAAAGGAAGAAACCGAUAUGAAGAUGUAUAUUCAAAAUAGAGGAGUCAACAAGGAUUCUUUGCACAUCUUUCUAAAAGUUGCAAACCAAUGUGUGACAGAGACUCAAGACCAACGUCCAACAAUGAAAGUUGUUUUUGACAAACUUGAGAAAGCACUGAUCUUUCAAGAGGAGGGAGUACAACGCCUAAAUAAUGAGGAAGCAUUGGAAGUUCAGUUGAUGCAUGGAAAUACUGUGGGGAAGAACUUGGAACACUUGAAGAUUCCUCUCACUCAUAUUCAAUCAGCAACCCAUGAUUUCUCAAACGAACACAGAAUUGCAAAUUUCCCGGAAGGCUAUGCUUUUUACAGAGCAGAAAUCGAGCAUUAUGAUAAAGAGAAUCCAUCAUCCAAGAGAAAGAACAAUGUACUUAUCAAACGAUGCCUUUCUGGAACUUCUGAGAUGAUCCUUAUCAUUGAAGAUUUUUCUCAUGAAUUCCUUGGUGAUUUUUUGGGAGACCUCAAAGACAAACGUCUUUUGACUUGGGAAAAACGUUUGAAAAUCUCUGUCGAUGUUGCAUACGCAUUGAACUACAUUCACUUUGAGAUGGAAGACCAAAAGGCAAUAAUAAACCGUGAUAUAAACUGCUAUAACAUUGGGUUGGAUGAGAACUUGGGGGCAAAGAUUGUUGACUUCUGGUACUCUGUAUUCCUGCCUCCAAAUCAAGAUGACGAAGCUCUCUAUCUCAAAUAUGUUGGCAAACGUUACUAUGCAGAUCCAGAAUAUAAGAUGACGUUUAAGUUAAAAAGACAAUCAGAUGUUUAUAGUUUUGGAGUAGUCUUGUUUGAACUUCUAUGUGGGAGGGCUAGCCCAUGUAGCAAGACGAAGCUUUAG